AUGUCGAAAUCAGCUGCCCGUGCCGACUGGGCUGACGAUGAGGAUCUUGAUGAUACCGUGAACGAGCUCCCCGCAUCCACUACAACUACAAACAAAGAUGGCACCAAGACGAUCGUCUCGUGGAGAUUCACCGAUGAUGGAAAGAAGGUCAAGACGACACGUAGAAUCCGGUUUACUGUACACAAGGAGGUGGUCAACCCAAGAGUUGCAGAGCGCAAGCAAUGGUCAAAGUUCGGUCUUUCUGCUAAAGAUGGUUCAGGGCCAGCAACAGAUACCACGAGUGUAGGAGAGAACAUCAUCUUCAGACCCAGCAGCAACUGGCGCAAGGACGCAAAGGAGGAGAAGACCGAGGCCGGAAGCAUGAAGGACAAGCUGAAGGACAAGAAAGUCAAGUGUCGUAUUUGUAACGGCGAGCAUUUCACCGCAAGAUGUCCAUUCAAAGACACCAUGGCACCCGUCGGCGAGGAGGGAGCAGGAGCAGACGUCGCCGCCGGAGCCGCAGACGUCGUCGAGGGUCCCGGAGGUCUCGGCACAGGAAAGAGCUCAUACGUACCACCACACAUGCGCAACGGCGGCGGAGCAGCAGCAGCAGGCGACCGCAUGGGCGGCGGCAAGUACGAGCGCGACGACCUGGCCACGCUGCGCGUCACGAACGUCUCGGAGAUGGCAGAGGAGCAGGAGCUGCGCGACAUGUUUGAGCGGUUCGGUCGCGUCACUAGAGUCUUCCUCGCGAAGGAUCGGGAGACGGGUAUGGCGAAGGGGUUUGCGUUCAUCAGUUUCCAGGAGCGGACGGAUGCGGCGAAGGCGUGCGAGAAGAUGGAUGGGUAUGGUUUCAAGCAUCUGAUUCUGAGAGUGGAGUUUGCGAAGAAGGCUGCUUAG